CAUGCACCAUUCACCGCGUAAUUACGCAAGACAGGGCGUCGUUACAUGUCGAUCAGGUUCAUCCAUUCUGGCGGACGCUCGUUAUCGGAGAGCAUGCUGUUCCGCAUACGGUUCACCGUGAACAGGAGGAGUUGGAGCAGUUUCAGAUGAUGUUUGACCAAGUGUCCUCCAGUCACCCUUCGAUCAUUCGUAGUGCUACACACAUACUUCAUGACAUGUUCAAUACAUCGUGUUUGGAUACCGAGGAACCGGAAGGGGUCGAGCGACCUAGGGGUCGACAACCACGGCGGAACAAGAGUGCGUUUGAGUACAUUCGCGGUCGUGGCCGUGGCCGUGGCCGUGGUCGUACAUCCUCAUCAAGUGGCAGCCAAUCAUCGUCGUCGGUGAAUAUGCCCGGCACCGGGAGAAUGGACAUUGAACAUUUUCCAUAUAAGGACAGGAUCCCUAAUAUCAUGAUGCCAUUCUUGGACGGGUGGAAUGAUGUCAUUGCAGAUGGUAACUGCGGAUUUCGGGUUGUGGCGGAUGUGUUUCAAAUGGGUGAAGACAACUACGGUUUAGUGCGGCAGUUGAUGUACAGUGAAAUCGCAUCAAACCGAGAUGUGUAUGGCCAUGUGUACGGCGAGGACUUGGAUAGGUCUCUGCAGCGUAUCCGGUGGGGAGGGGGACCUUGCGGUCAAAAUCAUUGGUUCGAUGCGCCACUUGAUCUCUUUGCCGUUGCAAACAUCUACAAGUGUGCAGUCAUGCAUUUCGGCCUUGGUUUACAUAGUCGAGCCUAUUAUCCAUGUACAACGGUUCUGCCCUGGUGUUCGCGCGAGACCGUCACCAGACCGGUAAGGGACGUUGUUAUUGGAUUUCUUGGGCCGUCAUACAGACAUUUUAUCCGAUUAGACAUGUCACCCGAUUUUCCGGUCCCAAAUAUCAUACCGAAGUGGUAUGAAAUUCGUAGAGCAAGCGUGGAGGGUUGGGAUGCUUUGUACCAUGAGCGCUGCGGCAUGAAACAACUGGAUAUUCGGAGUAUUAUAAGGGAGCAUACGGAUGUGUUCGAUGGCAGAAUAAUGGUGUUCUGCCAUUAUGAACCCUUGGAUGUCCCGCAGCAUAUCGAAUUUGCCAUAGCGCAAUUAUGGAUAAGAGUUUAUGGCUUACCUUUUCCAUUUCUAACUACUCACUGGGCUCGUCAAAUUUUUGAGCUCAGUGAGGAGAAGGUUGUGUGGGUUUACUUUCGAUAUGAAGGGGUCUUUAAAUUUUGCAAGCAAUGUGGCAUGGUGGGCCACUCAACUAGGAGGUGCAACCUCACUUCUCAGGUGGCUAGGCGCAGGUUGCGUCAGAGAAUGGCAGCGCGUGAACAGAGUGGCUUGAGGGUGCUGUACGAUCCAAUGGACCAGCCUUUUUACACAAAUUUGAUUCAUGGUCUUCCAGAUCGCUACAUUUUCUGA